GUUAUUGUCAAAAUGUGUUUACGAUUGCCUUAAACAUAAUUUAUUUACACCAAAUCAAACCAUAUUAGUCAAAAUUCCCGUUAAAAUGCGUUCUAUUCGAAUGGCAAGUAAAGAAUCCGAACGCUGUAAAGACCAACCAACCACAAGUCGACGCUUUUCGCCCGAAUGCCCCGUUGAGGUGCCUAAGAACACAAAGAAACCACACAAAUUCUUACCCUUGGUAAGGAGCGUGCCAUUAGCACCGCUACACUGCCGUUUGGCACACAAGUUGCGGCUUGCCAUCUACGAAGGCAACUCGGCAAAUCCCCGUGAGAAUACAUUUUUGAAGACCGCAAUUCGCCGUGUCACCGAGCAGGGUCUCUCUGCAAAUGAAGCACAGCAAAUUAUCAAUACUUACGCCGAUACGCGCAGCACACUACACCGUCAGCUCUUGCAAAUACGCUGCAACCGUAAGAUCUUUCUCAUCUGCACACUACGCUCGGUGAUUUCCGGCGAAUUGAGGUCACGCCUGUUGCCGCUGCUGCGUAACUAUAAUGCCAGCUACGUGCAUAUCAUGCACAACUUCUUCAGCAACGCCAUCAUUGAGGCGAUCAUCUCGCUGCAGACCUCGUUGGAUUUCAGCGAUCUCGAGGGUUCGAUAGCACGUGACGCGUACGCUUGUAAAGCGCAAAGCAUCGAAAUGGUCGACUACGAGACGGGCGCUGUUAACUUCAAAUGCGAACCGUCCGAAUUGGAAACGGUGCUGAAGGCAGUCACAGACAAGGGCUAUACGGUGCUGCAUACUGACUACAGUUUCAAGGCGAAGAGAUACAUAAAGCUGAAUGAACGCGAACGUGAGGAGUAUAAAAAGUUUCGCGCCAAAUUGUCGAAAAUCAACGACUUCGAUAUGUUUUUCGAUAAUGUAGCGGGGGAGAAGAACGUGGAUGAGGUUGAGUCGGACGUUAUAAGCGCCGAUGCGUUAGUUGAGACGGUGUAGUUUGCUUCUUCUGGCUACUGCUGGGGCCUAGUCGGGUUUUAUUUGCUGUUGUUUAACUAAAUUUUCGCGAAUGUAAAUCUUUUUCCAUUUUCUCUCUCCAAAUGCAGUUUGUUUUAUCAAGCACAGUGUAUCAUAAACACAUAUUUACUUCUAAAAUUUUACGUAGAAAACAUUUCGAGAAAAUUCAAUUUUGACAAUGAAAUUAUUUUUUUGAAAUAGACUAUAAAAGAAAUAUUA